AUGGAAACUUGCAAGCCUGCCAACACUUCCACUGCUAAAGGAAAGAAGCUCAUUAGCGAUGAAAAUGUUGAAAGAGUUGAUGAGACAAGCUAUAGAAACUUGGUUGGAUGCUUACUUUACUUAACUGUAUCCAAGCUAGAUAUAAUGUUCAUUGUAAGCUUGUUGUUGAGGCACAGGCCUUGUAGCAACGUAAUCCAUUACAAAGCCGCCAAAAGAAUUUUGAGAUAUGUAAAAGGAACAUUGAACUAUGGAGUGAAAUUUAUGAAGUCUAAAAAUGUUAAGCUACUUGGUUACUUAGACAGUGAUUGGGCGGGAUCUAUUGAGGACAUGAAGAGUACCUCUGGUUACUUUGUUACUCUAGGGUCAAGUGUUUUUUGUUGGAGUUCAAGAAAACAAGAAUCAAUAGCACAAUCCACAAUUGAAACAAAGUAUCUUGCAGCCGCUGCAUUUGUCAACCAAAUCAUUUGGCUAAGAAAGUUGUUGAAUGACUUGAACAUAUACCAAGAGGAAGCAACAAAGAUCAAAUAUGACAAUCAGUUUGCUGUUGCUAUUGCAAAGAAUCUAACAUUCUAUGGGAAAACAAAACACUUCAAAAUUAGGUAUCACUUUGUAAGGGAGUGGAACAAACAAAGGAAGUAA